UGUAGCCGUUAACAUACCCUUACAAUGAUGAUUACUGCAUGAAACAUGCAGUUGUAUGACCUAUCUGUGAGUUAAUACACUUAUUAAGAAGUGUGUUGAAUCUCACCUCGUUAAUUCACACAAACAGAGCACCAGCUGAUCGUGCGCCGACAUCUUGACAACAGUGUACACAUACUUCCUGUUUUUGAAGUUCCUCCUCUGUGUUCGUUGUAUUCACACAGCGCCACCCAGUGGCGAGGAGCCAUGAUUGCUGAUCUCUGCCCUAGUCUUUCAACAAAAAGUUUUGGAUCCCGCCAUCAUGAAAACACUUUUGAUCCUGUUUGUUUUGCUUCAUUUGGAUCGACUCCUGAAGACGGGAUUGUGCACAGAAACACAUGAUCAAAUUCUCUCAGUCACCCCAAAAACACCUGAGCAAGUCGACGUCUUGAAGAAUGUGUCCUCUCAAGAUGAGACCGCUUUAUGGCAGCCAGCCUCACCUCAGUUCAUCAAAGAAGAAACCGAGGUCCACCUGUUUGUUCCUGCAACCAGCUUACAGACUGUGACGGAUCUGCUGCAGAGACAUGCUAUGACACAUGAGGUGUUACUGGCCAACACCAAUGAGUUGAUUGAAAUGCAGACGAGGAACGACUCCACCGACCCACGAAGCAGCUCGACUUUCUACGAGAGGUAUCAUAGUCUGGAGGAUAUCUAUUAUUGGAUAAACAGGACCACGCAGGAGAAUCCAACUACAGUCAGCACUGUUUUUAUUGGCUCAUCGAGUGAGAAGCGACCUCUCUAUGCUCUAAAGUUGUCUUUUAAUAACAGACCAAAUAAAAAAGCCAUGUGGCUGGACUGUGGGAUUCAUGCCAGAGAGUGGAUCUCUCCUGCUUUCUGCUUAUGGUUUGUGCAGCAUGCUCUGUCAUCUUACAAUAUAAACAGUGACAUCACUGAAAUCCUGGACAACAUGGACGUCUACAUCCUGCCUGUGUUGAACCCUGAUGGGUACCAGUACACCUGGACCACAAACAGGAUGUGGAGGAAGAACCGGUCCGUCUCCAGGAGCAGCAACUGCAUCGGAGUGGACCUCAACAGGAACUUUGAUGCCAACUGGUGCACUGAAGGAGCCUCCCCUGAGCCCUGCACUGAGAUCUACUGCGGCGCCUUCCCUGAGUCCGAACCAGAGUCGCAGGCCGUGGCUGACUUCCUGCGCAGCCACAAGGACACGGUCCAGCUCUACAUCAGCAUCCACUCCUACUCACAGAUGCUGCUCUUCCCGUACUCCUGCACCACAGAGGAAGCGGAGAACCACAACGACCUGCUUGAGAUGGUGCAAGAAGCAGCCCAGAAAAUCCGGAGGUACUACAGGAACACGUACAAAUACGGGUCAGGAGCAAAGACAAUAUACCUUGCUCCUGGUGGUUCAGACGACUGGGCUUACAACCUCGGCAUCAAAUACUCCUUCACGUUUGAGCUCCAGGACCGUGGACGCUAUGGCUUCCUCCUGCCUCCGUCUUUCAUACCCAAGGCCUGUAAUGAAGGCCUGACCGCUGUGAAGACCAUCGCUCUGAAGGUUAUCGAGAAAACACAGGCUCUGACAAGUCCUCCUACACUUUAAUAAGCAGUCACACCUGCAGAUGAGGCCGAUUGGAGCAAGUUUUCAUUUGUUUUUGUGAAGGAAACUUGUAGAAAUGUAUCCGUGUUCUUCAAACACCACAGGUACCAUGUGCAUUUAGAUGUUUUAUUUGUCUAUUGCGAUUUCAAGACCAGAGAAGCACAAGUCUGAUCACUAUUACACCUCAGCUGUGUUUGCAAUUGGACUCUAAAUUCAUUUUGUUGCACACCUCCUGGUAAAUUAAAGGGUUUUGAAGUGGGAUUUGUGAGUCCAUGAUUGUUCAGCUAAUAUUCUGUGAUGACUUUCUAUCCAACAGAAAUAUUAGCUGCUCAGACCUAAACUGCUUUUUGAACCAGGCUUUAAACAUGUUUAUUUCUGCUGUAAAGAUCAUCUUCUUACAGCAGUGUGUAUGUGGUUUCCGGUGUUUCUGCAGCAUGCCUCAAGUGGACGCUCGAUUAACUGCAGUUUGUAGCACUUCCACAUGGGCUUCAUAUUUUUUAGAACAGAGGUUGCCACUUGCUCCAGACCAAAGGUUGCUGCUUCCUGUGCGCACAUAUUUCGAGCAACCCCCACACAGGUCUGUGCCAAACGGCAACCUCUGCUCUCAAAAUAUGAAGCCUAUGUGGAAGUGUUAUAAACUUCAGUUCAUUGAGCAUCCACUUGAGGCUGGCUGCAGAAACACAGGAAUCCACAUACACACCCAUUGAUUUUUAGGAGCUUCCAGAGAGUGGAAGAACUGCCCAAUAAUGUAAACAUCGCUCAACAUACAGGUUCAUAUUGUCAGAUGUAAUACUGGAUUUGCAGAAUAACACUUUCUGGGACUGAGGCACUUCAAACAAUUAUAUAUUUUUACUUUAGUAGUCCAUAAUGUACCUGUGAAUAAACCCGGUCCAUGUCUCUGCAUCAUUAAACUCUACAAUAAAACAGAGUUACAUAUUUA